CGUCGUUUGCAGUUACAGGGCGCGCGCGUGUGCGCGAGGCACAAACGGCUGCACGCGCGCGAACCGCGGAGCCUCUGCUCCGUGUCAGACACCUGUAGCGAGUGCGUUAACCACCGCACACGGGCUCAGAGGACAGAGACACAUGUCAGGCAGAAAACAUUAAUGUUACCAUCAUGGGCUGCGGCACCUCAGUAGCCAUCGAGAACCAAGGAAGGCCUUCAGAAGUAGAUGUAUCGGCCAGGCAGCCCAGUCCUGCACUGACAAUUAAAGCAGCCGUCCUGAUCCAGCGAUGGUAUAGACGUUAUGUUGCCCGAUUGGAGAUCAGAAGACGGUACACCUGGAACAUCUUUCAGUCAAUAGAGUAUGCAGGAGAGCAAGACCAGCUACAGCUCUCCAGCUUCUUCAGCUUUAUGUUGGAUAACUUCACACAGCUCAAUGGAAACGGCCCAGACCUGAUCUCUCACCUUCUGGACUCUGCGGUGGACCCUGUGACGGAGGAAGUCAGACAGUGUAAGUACGAGCAGAUCGUGGUGCCAGACUCGUACAGUGGCCCUCGCCUCUCCUUCCCCCUGAGCGUCACUGAUACCAACACCCUACUCAGUGCCUUCAAGGAACAGCAGACUCUCCAUGGCAAAUAUGUAUUGCAGCUACUUCAUGAAACGCAGAAAUUCUUAAAACAGAUGCCAAAUGUCAUUUACCUAUCUUCAUCCUAUGCUAAGGAGAUCACAAUCUGUGGUGACCUUCAUGGAAGACUGGAUGAUUUGCUGCUCAUAUUUUAUAAGAACGGUCUGCCAUCUGCUGAGAACCCCUACAUAUUCAAUGGAGAUUUUGUGGACAGAGGAAAGAAGUCCAUUGAGAUCAUCAUUAUACUGUUUGCUUUUUUGCUUCUGUACCCAGACCACAUGCAUCUGAACAGAGGAAACCAUGAGGAUCACAUUAUGAACCUGAGGUAUGGCUUUACAAAAGAGGUUAUGCAGAAGUAUAAGACGCAUGGGAGAGAGAUCCUCCAGUUACUGCAAGAUGUAUUUAGCCUACUCCCUAUCGCCACCAUCAUAGACAACAAAGUCCUCAUUGUUCACGGCGGCAUUUCCGACAAGACCGACCUAUACUUUCUUAGCUCUGUAGAAAGACACAGGGUGAAGUCGGCGCUGCGCCUACCCAAGCGCAGCUUGGAUCACACUGAUGUAUGCUGCAGCCGCAGCAGCAGCAGACAGAGCAGGAGGGCCAGGGUGGACAGCCCUUGCUCUACUGGUCGCAUGAAGCGCAAGAAGAAGAGCCGGCUCACCAAGCAGAGCAGCAGCUCUUCUUCCUCCUCAUCCUCAUCUGCAUCUUCUGUAUGCUCACCACGGGCAUCAUGCAGGGCCACACCACGGCACCCUCCUCCAUCACCAAGACUUCCCAGUCCUGUUGAUAUGUUGCAGGUGCCAUUCCUUGACUCCAUCGUCUCUCUUGCUCUCCCUGAGCCUCCUAAAGAGGAGCUGGAGUGGAGGCAGAUUGUGGAUGUGUUGUGGAGUGACCCAAAAAACCAGAAUGGCUGCAGUCCAAACUCAUUCCGUGGGGGUGGUUGCUACUUCGGACCAGAUGUGACGCAGAGGCUGCUGAAGAAGCACGGCAUGUGUCUGCUCAUCCGGUCCCACGAGUGCAAGCAGGAGGGUUACGAACUCUGCCACAAUGGACAGGUGAUCACUAUAUUCUCCGCCUCUAACUACUAUGAGGAAGGCAGUAAUCGUGGAGCAUAUGUUAAACUGGGACCAGAACUGAUCCCACGCUUCUUCCAGUAUCAAGUCAGCCGCAGCACCAGGAAGCUCACAUUGCAACAGAGGGUCAGUGUGGCAGAAAGUUCAGCUCUAAAGGCUCUGCAGGAGAAGCUGUUUGCCCAUCGCUCUGAGCUCAUGGCUGCCUUUCAGCAGUAUGACAUUAACAAUACAGGUAGGAUCUCCACUAAUGAAUGGGCUCAGGUAGUAGAGUCUGUGCUGAGGUUGGAUCUGCCGUGGCGAACUCUGCGACCGCGUCUUGUCCGGCUGGCUUCUGAUGGAAAUGUUGAAUAUGAAUCUUGCUUUGAAAAUAUCAGCGCUGGACAGCCGAUCCCCCAGGUGACUCCAAAUUUGGCAGAAACGAUGUACAGAUACCGAACUGAUCUUGAGAUAAUCUUCAACAUCAUUGACAAAGACCAUUCAGGUCAGAUCUCCAUCGAGGAGUUCCGUCAGACCUGGAAGCUCUUCAGCUCUCACCUGGGUGUGGAUGUGGACGACCAGGCGAUAGACGACAUGGCGCGCAGCAUUGACUUUAACAAGGACGGCAGCAUUGAUUUCAAUGAGUUCUUGGAAGCGUUUAGAGUCGUGCACAAGCUGGACAUGAAGGAACAGCAGCAAGGCUGACUUGAGUACACUUGUGUACUCACACAUUCACUCAAGCCAAGUACAAAUGCUAAAGUGCUUUCAUAUUUCUGACAAUAACUCAUUUUUCAUCAUGCAUUAAAAGCACAACUAGUGAUUGUUUAGUGCAUUUUGUAUCAGUCGCAAACUGUCUACCCAGGGUGCUGAGCUGCUUUACAGUGUUUUUCUUUUUGCUUGUGUGUUUUUUAGAACUGAAUGUAGCAGCUAUGGACACGAGGAUUAAAAAAAACUGGCAAAUGUUUCAUUGACAAACAGCUGGAUCAGAAAUAGGAGCACAACAGGCUUAUCUUUGACUUUGUCUUAAUAUAGAGCAGGACUGACUUUUGAAACUACCCGUUCUGAGUUAUGAUUCUUCAUACCUGCACUUCUCUUCAGCUUCCAAACAUGGAGUGGACUUUUUGGAGCAGAAAGAAAGGAAACUAUGUAGCCAGCAGUGGUUUUUUUUUUAUUUAUUUAUUUAUUUAUUUAUUUAUUUAUUCAAUCAGUGAGAUGUAAGUAUGACAUCUAUACUACUCUUUGCUCACAAAUAUUAGGUGAGCAUUAUUAGUUGCGCAGACUGAAAAGUGUUCUUAGCACUGCCCUAAAUACAUCUAACUGAACUGAUGAAAUGCUUGAUUUAAUUGACUUAAUUAGUUGAUCAGAUGAAUUUUGUGAAAAUGGGAAACAUUAAAUUUUGGAGUUGGACUCCAAGUCUUUG